AUGUUUCAAACCAUCGACAGUGGCAACAUGUCAAGUAUGACCCCGGAUGAGCAGAACUGGAAGAAAUUUAAAUUCACGGUAAAGAAACAAUCGAGGCCAUCGGCGUCAAAAAAGAGCAGCGAAUCCAAAUAUGGCGUAUUCAGAUGCACCAUAAAAUGGCUAGUGGCAGUUAUAGUAUUUUCGGCCGUCUUGGCGUGUCUUGUCACCAGCAAGAUUUGUUUGUUGGUUCUCGGGCAGCAUUUGAAAAGGUUCAGUGAAUCUACAGCGAAUUCCACCUUGGCAGUGGAAUAUUCUUCCGAAACAAACAAACAGGCACUGUUUUUGAUGCUCGUGCUGGCUUUGAUGAUCCCAGAAGCUGCCUGUUUAAUACACGCAAGUUGGACAAGUCUGGGGAAAAAGCAUCGACCAUGGCCGUCAAAGAAGGCAUCUAUGCUAGUAAGUUUUUACUUCUUUUCUAGACGUUAUAAAGUAUAUAUUUGAGGGUUACACAUGCCUACUUGCCUUAGUGAAAAUAUGCAAUUACACGAAAGCCUUCAACGUUUGAUGAAAAUUUGAAUUCAUAUUUAUGUUGGCAUGAUCCUCUAGACUCUUAAGAAAGAUGUUGAAGCUAUAAAACAAAGGAAGCAUAAUUCAAUGUCCUGAAGUAGGCUCGCUCUUUUAAUUGUUGUGAAUGCAUAGAACCGCAAAUAUUUCGCUAUGCCAUAUUAUGAGAGUUGCCAAUAAUAGGCAACUAUGGUCCUUAUCAAGGCUAGCAUAAUGACUCCCUAGGUUCCCAAAACACUCUCCGGGAGAAAAUAUUGGAAUUUCGAGGAAAAAAUUGCACAGCAACAAGUACUAUGAAACUAGUGAUGUUUUGUUAUUCAAAGUGCUACCUUAAACAGUGAUAUAUAUUUAACGUUUUUACCGAACUGCGACAUCAUCAGACCAAGAGUCUUUUAAUCCUAGUUGUUCGUAUGUUUUGUUUGUUUGUUUUGCUGCUGUGGUUGUGUUGCUGCUGUUAUUGUUGUUGCUUCAUGGCGCAGUUUUUUCUAUCAGGAACUACAGGAAUAUAAGAUCACCAGUGGUUGAAAACUUUCUUCUUAUUAGAGAGAGGAGAAUGGCUGCGCACUCCGUGUUGCAUUCAUUUCCCUCCUACUCAUUUUAAUUAUUUACUUUGAUCAGAUUUGCUGAUUUUUACUUCUGAUUUACAUUCUUCAUACGACCCUAUGUUUUGAGCGCUACUGCCACUGGAAAGUGCUCACUCUUUGAGAAUUUGGAUCUGUUUUAGUUAAGGCGAACUCCUAGCAAAUAUUGCUAGAAGUCAGGUAGUACUUGUGAGUAUUCAAAAUUGCAGACGCUCUUUUCCAAUUGAUGUAAAAAUGCUCAACUACUUCAGAAGGCCAAAUUAUCGAUGCUACUCAUGGUAGGUAACUGAAAUCGUUUUCAACCGGAUGGGAAGUAUGAAUAAGUAGUCAGCACUAAUAAUUACAUACAAACUUCUCACACCAUCUGAUAAUUACGGCUUUAUAGGCGAGACUAAAUACAGUAAAAGACGAUAGUUGUUUUAUUGCGGGUUAAAAAAAAGCGGUGUUAAAGUGAUAUUUUCGAAAUCAUAAUCAAAGCGAUAUGGAGGUUUAUAUUUUUUUAAGAAAUAUGAAGGAACGGAUCAUUUUCUUUCUCUGUUCGAAUGACCAGGCUCAAUACUUACCGUAAGUUCAUUUUGUGAAAACGCACAUGAAUUUUUUUACUUUGCUAAUGAUACUAACAGUAUGAAAGGCGCGUGACACGCAUGAAUCUAUUAAUGGCCUUGCUCACUGCAUAAUCUCUGUUGCUCGGUGGUAGAAGCCCAAGGGCAAAUUCCAAUGGUUCAAGUUUCGUUUCGUGACCAAACGAAGAAUGUGUUUCUGUAUUCCACGAAAAACCUCGAAGUUAGCCAUCAGUUUCCUAUUCUAGGAAUACAUAUAUUUUUGCUUUCUCCAGGAAGGCCGUGCCUGAUCAAACGUAACCCAUUAUAUUUCCAAUCAGACGAUAUUGAUUUCGUGAGGAGUUGACGAGGUCAUUACACUUCUAUCUCGUAGAAAUAUGGCUUUUGUGUAGGGUGUUCAUCGGAAAUAAGUAAGUCAGAGGGUUUCUUUGAUUAAACGAUGAUUUAUAACUAUUAUUGCCAGUUUUAUUACCAUUGCUUUUACUUUCUCCGCCAUUUUGCCCAGGACUACUUGGCAUGAUUCUGUGUCAGCCUCUUGAUCGUGAUAAACUCUCUACAAACCACAUAUAAAGCCGGGUCAAAUGGACGAACAAAAAGCAUAUUGUCCGUGGGGCAAACUUUAGACAUGCGAUGUUUGCGCGGCCAAACUUCUAGAGUUUUUCAGUCAAUAUAAACCCCUAAAUUAUUAUAGAACGAAAUCGUAGAGUCUCUUCAAAACCUUAAAAUGAAGCAAUGACUUAAAUUCAAAUAGUUGCCCUAUAUUUGACUAAACAUGAAACAAGGAAGUAAGUUCUAAUUAAAGCUAUCAUUAUCCUUGCCAACAUUAGGAAAGGCAAUUUUCUAUAAGAAAAUAUUGAAAACAGAGUGUAUCAUUGGCGAUCUUAUUAACUUCAUUUCGUCUCAGCAUCGUCCAAAAGCAACCGAUGCAUAUAGAAUCGAUCCUCUUAUUCUACGCACUCUUUCGGCAGCAUUUUAAAUAUUCGAAGGGCAAGGUUUGAUAUUCAAGGGUAAAAGUAGGUAUUAUAAAUUGGCUUCUCUACUUUGACAAACAACGGGAAAAGUGCGAGAGAGACCCUUCUCAUUGCCGAAAACCAUCGGCUACCGCGAAGGAUAAGCAGAACUAAGAAUACGUAGCAGUCAAACGAUCAAAACUGUCUGAGUCAAUUAUGAGCAGCAACUAGAAAGCAGUGGAUUGAUUUGCGUGUUAAAGUGAAUAUUUGUUGUCACUGUCUUUGCGGCAGUGCGAUGACGUUUUUUUACAACAAAAUUUGUUGACUGGUGCUUGAGUAAUGAAACGACUGUCAAUUCAACCCAAACUACCUGAUGUUUGUCCCUAAUAAAUCACACAGGCCUUGUUUGUGAUCCUCCUUCUGGAAUUACGGGACUUAUUGAUUCCGGAGUAGCUAAAUAUUAGUAUUCAAUUACAUCGUAAUGGCAAACUGGGAUUGUCUUCGACCGAAAAUUGUCAAUUUUCGAGGAAAUAUUUUGUAGGGAAGCAUGGAACUGCAAUGGUAACUAAAUAUGUAGGUAGUUAUGCUGACUUAACUAUUGGAUUGAUACAUAUGAAACGAGAAAUCUGUAGGUGCUGUUCAGCCCAUGUUGUGGUGGAGAUGCAAGGAUUACUGUUUUUUUAUUCUUUUUUUAUCUUUAGACAAAUGGUUUACCCAAAUUGCUUGAAUUUAAGGAAUUUAAUUUCACAAUUAAAUCAAAACACACGACUUUAUCAUGGAACAUGACCUAAAUAUCGUGUACAUUACAAUGCACGUCCACGAUGGGUUUCUAUUGGUAAGAACUUUAAAGGUCAACCUAUUCCCUUUUUAAAGUUUGUACGUGGCCUCCUGUAAGAGGAUAAUUCCCCUCUUUAAACUAGAAAAAUCGUAUCAAUAAAGCGGUCUACCAUUACCUCGUAUGCGGUCUUAUCUUAGCAGGCGCAAUGAACUAUCUUUCCGUAAUAAUGUUCAGACCUGACAGCGCUAUUGGACCCAUGAUUACUAAGUUUGAUUUCUGAAAGUAAUGUUUUGUCGUUAAAUCAAAGUUAUUGUUUAUCAGAGUGAUACCUUAUUUUUUUCUUCUUUGGCAUUCACUAAUGCCCUCAUUUUGACCAGCUUCAAAUAAAAUGUAAUUUUCCUAACACUGCAGACUUUGGUUGGUGGAUUCUUUGAAGCUUCCUCGCUUUGUUAUAUCACAGUGGUUAUGGUGACAACGCUGCCAGUGAGCCCUGACUUUCUCGUGGUGCUUAUGUGCAGUAUAGCCGGGUUGCCGUUAAUGUUGCAGGAAGUCUACAGAAAAAAAUGCCAAAGUGGCCAACGUGAGCAACGUGACCAACUGAGCUUGCCGGAUAUCAUGAUAUCACUAGUGUCUACCAUUUUUUUUUUUGCUGGCAAUAUCAUGCUGUCUUUAAAGGUAACUUCUAAAGGCUUUGCGUUUCUAUCUUACUAGGUCGAAUUUCCUAAUUAAGUAAGGGUAGUUGUCUUGCUUUUAGUGUGCUAUAAAUCUUUAGUGAAGAGCUCAUGGGCGAUCUAACUUAGAAAAUGAAUCCUGAAAUAAUAACUAUGCGUUUCCCCGGCUUUUCCUUACAAGGAUCAGGUUUCCUGACUCGAAAUAACUUUUUAUAAAGUGCGGCCGAUUCUGAUGCAUUUUAGUCUGUGAUAGAUCUUCAUCGAAGUGGUGAGGAGCAAUUGAACAUAGAAAAUGAGUCAUUUCUAAUGCCGCCACACAAAGGACUCAGUACUUUUUUUGGACAUGCGACACAAGAAAAGAGUCUUUUACCAUGAACUAAAUGCUUUUGUCAGCUAUAAGGCUGCAUCUGGUUUUGCGUCUAAAAAGUAUGACAGUCCUAUGAAAAUCUCAUAACGAUUUUUUUUCAAGAAAAAUUUUAUAGUGAAGCUUCUUCAUAAUCAUCAAACAAGAAUUUUCUUCUAUGUUAUUUCUAAAGGUGGCUGACCUGAAAGGAAUAAUUUUGGCUGAACUUUCCCUUUUCCUGCUGUCAAUUGUUUGGUCACCUACGUUUAGAAAACUCCAAAUUCAAAAUAAACAUGAGGAGGAGAAAAGAGAGACGAAAAGGGAGAAAAGCACCGAGAUGACGAAGGAAUGCGUUGAUACGUUACAAAAACCAGGAAUUAGUUCGAAGGAGGCAUUCGUGGCAAAGCCUGUCUGUGAAGAAACGCUCAGUAGAAUCAGUAACAGCAGUGAAGGAUCCUUGAAGAGUGAAACCGGACCUCCUUGGUUGACCAGAACAGCUCAAGCGAAAACGGCCGUUAUUUCUUCCCUUUGUAAACUAUUCUUCAUACCUGUAAUGGCAGUUGCAUUUUCAAGUGUUUAUGGCAUUGUAAAAUUUAAUACCUUUGACGGAUUUAAGGCCAUAACAAUGUCAAAUCCGUCAUGUUUGUACUUCAUAUUCCACAUUUUGGCCAGCUUCUUCGGCUACCAUUUUGGAUGGAUCGCGUGUUCUCUUCGCAUGCAAAGGGUUGGACUGGCUCUUCCCUUAACACUAGCAACACCAAUCGCUGUCAUCAUAACCCAGUUUAUAGGGUUUUGCGAAACAGAAACAAUUCCCUCACCAUGUGCAUCAGGAGACGUACACUAUGUUCUUGGUGCGGGACUCCUUCUGUGGUUAGCACAAUGUUUGGGAACCACGUACAACCUGUUUAAAAGUCCAGGAAAGAUUUUGGGAAAAGUGUACGACUCAUUUUGGAUUCCUUGUUAUAAUGGUAAGUUUUUUACAAUCAUUUCUUAUCAAAACUGAACUACUUUCAACUAUUUAACUCAUUGUUUUUUGUAAACCCUUAGGCUUAUUUAAGGCUCACACGAAUUUCAAUAGAAAAAGUUACUGAAAACGAAAAUUGACCAGAAAAGUUCUUUUGGUGUUAAGCAGAUACUGGUCUCGUUUUAAACUUAGCUGAAGCGUGGACCAGUACGUGCAACUUGAAUCACACUUGUACUACCAUCUUUUUGCAAGGUGAAUCAAAUGGCUCUUUUUUAACUGAGUGGGAUGCUCAGUGUAAGAAAUUUAUUCGGAUCAAUAUCAGUAUCUAGGCAACUGCCCACCUACCCCUCCCCUAACCCAACAACAGUCUAUUGAUAACAAGUUAGCGUUAAUGUUGGGUUAGGGGAGGGGUAGGUGGGCAGUUGCCCAGAUACUGAUAUUGAUCCAUUUAUUCUUUAUAUUUUCAGGUGUGUGCCUUGAACAGUACUUGUUGACGAACAAACGAAACCUCUCAUUUGACGAGGAAUGCUCUUCACAGGAAAAUGCAUCAGGUAAAAAAAGGACUUCUUUUAUAUUUCUAAAGAUGUUUGGUCUCAUUUUUUUUUGCUUCAUGAAAUUGUCAAAAUGCUAAACAUAACAACGCUAAGAUGACCAGAAUACGAAUUUUUCAUCAGCUUCUAACCAGAAGGACAGUGGAUUACAUGUGUUCAUCUGCACUACAAUGUAUCACGAGAAAAGGAAAGAAAUGAAACAACUUCUGGAGUCAGUUUACGAUGUCCUCAAAAAUAAAAAAUCAGGGCAUCAUUUUGAGGCACACGUGUUUUUUGAUGGGUGCCUUAGGGCAGAAGAGCUUAACAGCUAUGUACUUCAGCUGGCUUCGUUGGUGAAAAAUACUCUAAAAGUGAAAGAACUCAGCGACUGUAUUAAGGUUGAGACCCACUUUGGUAUGCAGCUUAAGUGGAAACUUGAAUUAGAAGGAGAGACAUCCUUCACAAUACACUUAAAAGAUAAUGCAAAGGUAACAUUCAAAUUUAAGAAUUUUGAUUUGGUUCUUUUCAACGUGAACGCAUUCAGGAGAGAGCUCAAUUUUUUUGUUGUUGGCUCAAUCACAGGUGAAAAAUAAGAAGAGAUGGAGCCAAGUAAUGUACAUGUCCUACGUUCUGGAUUUUAAAAUCGUCACAAAAGCAUUAGAAGACGACCAAUGCUUCAUUCUCGCAACAGACGGCGACGUUAAAUUUACUCACGAGUCUGUUGAAGCCUUAAUUGAUCAAAUGUGUGAGGACUCUAGAACUGGCGCAGUAUGUGCUCGGACCUAUCCCCUUGGAGAAGGACCUGUCUAUUGGUAUCAGAUAUUUGACUAUGCUAUUGGCCACUGGUUCCAAAAGGUUUGUGUAUUCAUGUUAGCCACAUUGAAGGUACAAUGAUUACGUUUGAGUCUCAAAUUUAGCUCGGCCUAAAAGCGUAUCUCUGAAUGUUUUCCCGCCUUGUUAAUCCGAGACGUAGCUCAAAACAACCCGCUUUGAGCUACGUCAUGACCCUUUCUCUCAUUCUUAAAGUUUUCAACAGAACAAUUAAAAAGGAGCAGAAAGGAAAGAUAAAAGACAAGAAAUCAUCCAUUAAUUAAUACGCUCUUUUGAUUUUAGGUGACCAAUCAUAUGCUUGGCUCAGUCUUGUGUUGUCCUGGAUGUUUCAGCUUGUACAGGUGCAGGGCUGUGAGGGAUGUUUUAUCAAAUUAUGCCACCUGUGCAGACUCCGCUCUUGAAUGCCUUACCAAAGAUAUGGGUGAGUUAAUUUAAACCACGAGAAAAAGGGCUUAUUACCAACCUGUAACGUUUCCUUCCAUCCUCCAUCUUCCUAAGCUUUUUUCUUCCUCUGAAGAAUGUCUAAAGAUUCAAUACUUUUCUGGCUCAUUAGAAUAAAUUGAAAGAGAUUCUCUUUAAAUACUUACGUUAUAAAAUUAAUCUUCAUCCAAUGCUUUUCCCUAUAAAAAAGAUGUAUGUAAUAUUUAUUUCUUACCUUUUUUUAAACAAUUCCAAAUCGUUGCAGAUUUCUCAGAAUUAUUUGUAAAUAGCUACCAUUUUAUUACUAUUUAGCUUUUUAGAGGGCCGCGGGGUUGUCAGUUGUUUAAUUACUAACUGGCUUAUUUAUAUACGUAGUAACUUGGUAUUUUGCCUCUUUCCUUAUUGGCUUGUUUUCAUACAAUCAGUCGAGGCGAUAAAAUAACACGGAUUCUUCCGUUUCCUUCCAUUCCAAUAGACAGGGUGAGUCUCGAAAAAAAACAUCAAUCGGUAUUUAGAGCGAUAGAUUGUCCAGGUUUUUUUAAGGACCCUUUGGGAAAAAAUGAUUAAUUAAUGCUGUUUCUAAAGAGCACAAGCAAACUGCGAUUGAAUUUUUCUCGGGAAGGACCUGUGUUUCGUAAGCUUAUCCGAUAUUACCUUUGAAGCUGUCCUUAUCCACCGGGAUUUGUCUGAUUUAAGUUGUAAUAAUUUUUUUCAAGGGGAGGACCGCUGGAUGUGCACAUUGAUGAUACAAAACGGCUGGCGAUUGACAUAUUGUGCUGCUGCAGAGAACAGCACUUUUUGCCCGGAGAGUUUUCAGGAGUUUUAUAAACAACGAAGACGAUGGGCGCCAUCAACACUAGCCAACCUCUUUCUACUUAUUAGGGAAUGGAAGCAGACAUGGAGUAACAACGAGCAUAUUUCUCUUUUAUUCUUUGUAUAUCAAGCGUUCCUUUUCUUCUCCACGAUCAUCGGGUAAGUUAUGUCCAUUUUUAAACUUUAUCAGAAACGUUCAAUAUUGGUGUAAUCAACUAUAAAUUCAAGAUUUUGAUUAUUUUUUAUCGAAGCAUUAUUCAUCAAUCAGUUUCUGUGUAAUUGAGAUUUUUUUUUUGUUUCUUCGCCAUUGCCAUGGGCCUGCCGUCAUAAAAUCUAUAAAAAUUAAUCGUAUUCCUUCACAGAUUGAGCUCGGUAGCAAUUUACUGCGAUACGAAAAGCGGAAAAGAAAUUUCAAUCUGCCUUUUAAAGUUAUGAAAAAACGAAGAACAGAAGUCAGGAAAUGGUAAUUAGGGUGCGUUUUUCACAUAAUGGAAAAAAGUUGAACUUGCUUUCACUUUUCUGUUAGUAUUUGAAAAAAUAAUUUGCAUUCAGGUGCACGAUUUCAUGUAUUCUUACGUUACCUUUUUUUCUUGACGACAGUCUAGUGAAGCCCAUGAAAUAACACAAUUCCCUUUGUUUCAGAGGUUCCACAGUCAUUUUGGUCAUAGUGGGUGGAAUAGUACUUGCAGGUCUUCCAAUCAGCCAGAUAACGACAUCCGUGCUCUUUAUCCUUGUUGUUGUUGGUUACGUCCUGGUAUGCCUCUACACUACCCCAAAGUGGCAGCUUAGAGUGUCAAAGAUACUGACCUGUUUUUUCUCAGUAAUCAUGUGCACUGUGGUGGUCGGAUUGGCUGUCCAAGUUUCCAACGAUUUAAAGGAAAGGAAAGUUGAGCCAUCUGUGGCAACGACGAUGCAGACAGAAACGACAUCGUCAACAACAACAACAACAAAACCUUUAGAACACCAUCUUCCGGUGGGGGUGAGCAGCCUGUACUUAGGUGGACUGACUGGAAUCUUUGUAGUUUCUGCUCUCUUGCAUCCAAGAGAAGUUACCUGCUUGCUUUAUGGAAUUGUUUACUUCUUCUGCCUUCCAUCCGGCUAUCUUCUGCUGACAGUUUACGCUAUCUGCAAUCUAACUGACAGUUCUUGGGGU